CGAUGCGUUGCGUUCCUUCCUCGCGCACGCACCGUUGGCGACAAUGGCAAAGCUGCGUGCGCGCUCCCGCUGUGUAGCGACAAGAUGGCGGUCGCCGCCGGAUCAGGCGUUAAAGUUCCUCGCAAUUUCCGGCUACUUGAAGAGCUGGAGGAAGGCCAGAAAGGUGUGGGGGAUGGAACGGUGAGCUGGGGUCUGGAGGAUGAUGAGGACAUGACUCUAACACGAUGGAGAGGAGUGAUCCUCGGCCCUCCUCGGACAAGCUACGAAAACAGGAUGUACAAUCUGAAGGUUGAAUGUGGGCCGGGAUACCCAGAGUCACCACCGUUUGUCAGAUUUGUGACAAAGAUAAACUUGAAUGGCGUGCACACCUCCAACGGUGUGGUUGACAUGCAUGCGGUGACUGCGCUGGCUAAGUGGCAGAACUCCUACAGUAUCCGGAUGGUGCUGCUGGAGCUGCGACGGCUCAUGACGUGCAAGGAAAACAUGAAGCUUCCUCAGCCACCGGAGGGCCAGAUCUACACCAACUGAGCCCGUGCUACUUUUGCCUCCAUCUUUUCCUUCUCUCCCCCCCACCCCCCAAAAUUUCUGUUUGCCUUCAUCCCUUCAUCCCAUCCACCGCCAUGUGACAUUCCAUUGGCUGAGCGAACACACACACACUCACACACACACUCAAACACACAGAAGACCUUAGUAUACAACAACAAUUACAGAUACAUGCAAACAUACAUACACACAUACAUAUAUAUAUCUAUACACAUACAGUUAUUGAGCAUCUAUAAAAGUCAUUCCUGGCCCUCGUCCCCUCCCUCUCCCAUCACUGGAGCUCUGGGUGGACUCGAUGUGACGAGGCAGGCGGAGUCCUCAGUCCACACCAGACGUGAUCAUUCGAAUACUGUACAUCUUACUAAUCUUUUUUUUAUUAUUUGUUAAAAAAUUGCAGAUUGUACAAUAACAUAAAUAAUCUUAUUGAGUGUA